AUGCCUACUGUGCAAGGUGAAUAUGGAAGAGCCUUAGAAUAUCAAUUGAAAUCAUUGAAUAUAACUGAAAAACUUUUUCCAUUAGGUCAUCCAAGUCUUGCUUUUAGUCUAAAUAAUACAGCUGAUGUAUAUGAAAAAAUGAAUAAUUUAAAUAUUGUACUUGAAUAUUAUGAAAGAGCAUUAAUUAUGUAUAAACAAUUUUUACCAAAAGAACAUUUGGAUAUUGUUCGAACAGAAGAAGAUAUUAUUCUGUUAAAAGAAAAAAGAAAAUUACAACAACAGCACGAUUAA